AUGCUCCAUUCCCGCGCCCUCCUCGCCUACCCCCAAGGCGCAAACGACUCCGACACAAUCCUCGGCGGCGUCCACUUCAACCUCACCGUCCUCCGCUUCUGGAACUACACCCUCUACACAAACGGCACCGUCUCCAACGGCUCAAACUGCUACGUCACAGAACAGCCCUACACACCGGUCUACCUCCUCCCCAACGGCACCUUCCAAAACUCAACAUGGUGCUACGACCCCGUAAACCCAAUCGGCAAGCGCGCCGGCGUCGGCGUCGGCUUUGGCGUAGUCUACGCCUUCGCCCUCAUGUUCGUCCUCGCGAACCUGAACCGCCACGGACGGCACUACCUCCCGACGACGAAGCGGUUCUACCCCAUUGGACGCCGGUGGCAGUGGUACUACGCGAUCCUGGUCUGCGUGUCGGCGUUCAUCAGCCUGUUUACCAAUAUCGACGUCGAUCGCUUUUACGUCAUUGGGUUGCCCAUCAUCAUCAACAGCUUCUUCUGGUACCUCAUGCAAAUGUUCACCAUUGCGCUCGUAUGGGAGGCCGUUCGUCACUGGGGAAGCUGGAGCGAGAGACAGGCCAUCGACCCGGACCCCUUCUCCCUGCGCGAGGGUGACCGCCGAAGCAAGCUCGAGUUCUGGAUGCCAUUGUGGUUCUACCUAUGGCUCUGGCUGAACUUCUUCCUCAUCGUCCCCCGCAACUGGGGCGAAAUCGAAAAACAACGCUCCCCAGACCAAACCGCCGCCCGCGCCGCCCCCUCCGCAACAGACGCCCGCUUCAAAGCAGCAACCUUCUGCCUCGUAGUCUGCUUCCUCACCAUCCUCGCCUCCCUCCGCCACUCCAUAAAACACUACUACCCCCGCAACCGCGGACCCUUCAACAAAUUCGCCGGCCUCCUCCGCUACACCCCCUGGCGCUUCCUCCUCAUCCUGCCCCUGACGGCCUGCCUCAUCGCCUACCAGGGUCUCGUCUCCUGGAACUUUGCCUACUCUGUAUUGAACGCAAAGGCCAGCCUGGCGGCCGUCUAUGCGGGAGGAUACGGUCCCGCCUUGCUGAUCCUCUACACGCAAAUCGCAUAUGGCUUCACCUCCCCCAACGAAGACAAGGAACUCAUCCGCCAGCGCCGCGAGCGCGGGACGCAAAUCGAUCGGGAGAUGGGAUACGUGCCUAAGCCCGCUUGGUGGCGCCGCGCAAAGAACGACGACCACCUCGUCGGCCAGAUGAGCAUGCGCGAGCGCAUCGCCCGCAACGUCCGCGAACUAGGCGGUGGCUGCGCCACGGGCCGCGGCAUAGACGAGACGCUCGAGGCACGCGCGGCCGAACAGGAGCAGCAGCAGGCUGCCGCGGAACGAGAGAUUGAGAUGGGCAGCUUCAACGGGCGCUCAUCGAGACCGAAUUCCAUGCACGGGUCUCUACGACCUGGCUUUGACGCGGCGGAUCCGUCGACGUUUACUUCUUACACUGGUAAAUCAGACCGCCGGAGGAACGAGAGGGCGAUGAACGCCGCCGCGGAACUUCUCUUCCCCGGCGCCGGACCUCGUGUCGACCGUUCCGCGGAACUGAUGCAAGACGGCCCGCCGCCGCCGUCCUACACCGACGCUCAGAGCGGGAGCGGGAGCGGAGGUCUCGGCGCGGGACGGGGACGGACGCCGGAUAGUGGCUCGACGGCCCAUGGGCCGGGGGAGAGGAGUCACAGCGCGAGUACCGCCGUGUCCAUGACGCAGCAGCCGCAGCAGGUGAAGAGUAUGUUGGAUAUUUGA